AUGGAGGGAAGGAACCGCACAGCAGUGACCGAGUUUCUCUUCUUGGGCCUCACAGAUCGCCUCCCUCAGAAGAUCGCCCUUUUCUUCGCUCUUGUCUUUGUUUAUCUCGUCACGCUGGGUGGCAGUCUGGGGAUGAUCACGCUCAUACGGGUCGAGCCCAGACUCCACACUCCUAUGUACUUUUCCCUUAGCCACCUGUCCUGUGUGGACCUCUGCUGCUCUUCUUCCAUCGCCCCCAAGACCCUGAGUGAUAUCUUUGCAGAGAAGAGGGUCUCUUUCGUGCGCUGUGUUGCACAGAUAUGGUUCUUAGGACUCUUUUUGGCCACGGAGUGCUCUCUCCUGGCCUCCAUGGCAUAUGACCGGUGCACAGCCGUGUGUGAGCCGCUGCUGUACACACUCAUUGUGUCCCGGCCGGUGUGCGUGCGGCUGGUCAUCGGGCCAUACUCCAUAGCUCUUGUGAGCACCACGACCCAUACAAGGCGGACUUUCUCCUUGUCCUUCUGUGGUCCAAACACGAUCGAUCACUUUUUCUGUGACAUUUCCCCUUUGCUUUCCUUAGCCUGCAUUGACACCUGGAUUACUAAGUCGGUGCUCAGCAGUGUGGUCAUUGUGGUGUCCUGUGGACACAUCGCUGUGGUCAUCCUGCGGAUCCGGACCACCCACAGAAUUUGGAAAGCCUUCUCCACGUGUGCCUCUCACCUGGCAGUCGUCUCCAUCUUGUACAGGACUCUUUUCUUCACCUAUGUCCGGCCUGGCUCGAGUUCAUCUCUGGGUAUCAAUAAAGUGGUUUCUCUGUUUUACACUGUGGUCAUCCCGGGGUUGAAUCCCCUCAUCUACAGCCUGAGAAACAAGGAGGUGAAAGAUGCAUUCAGGAGAAAGGUGAAAGGGAAGCACUCUCUGGAACUCAGAGAACGUGCAGGGCGGGCACCAGUCUGUGGCACUGCUGUCCUCAGUGGGAGCGGCACUGGAGGGAGAAUGUUUGAGAGCCACCAAGACCGCGUAGCCUGUGCCUUAAGUGGCCGGGACGCCCUGCUCGAUCACGCCCCGUCUCGCUCUCGUGUCAUCCGGCACGGGCACACGCGGCAGCCCUCGGUGCGGACGAGGACGGAUCUCCCGGCUGUGGAACUCGUUGCCUUAUCCGGACACCGAACACUGCAAAGGACAACCGCAUCUCCACCCGGGAAGAAAACCAAAGCGGAGAUUACAGAAAAGCGGGUCUUGCUGGAGAAGAUCGUGACCUGGAACUUGCCAGAGCCUUUUCAGCCUGUACAUGGCUUCGGUCAGGUUAUCACAGGAGCCAAGGUGUCUUUGGACAUUGCCACUAGAUGGCAGCACGAGAUUGCCAAACACAAGAAAAUUGUCCGGAUCCUUUGUCCGGGACAAGAGAGAAGAGCACAGUUACAAAUGUACGUGGAUUUCACCACGGAGAAAGUGCUACAGAGUGGAGAUUCUCGGCUACGGGUACUUCAGGGGCUGCGGAUCCCGCAGAGGAUUAGAGCAGCAAGAUCCGGCCCUGGUGGCGGAGCCAGGCCCCUGCGCAGUGCAGACCGGCUGAGCCUGGGCGCUGCUUCCACUCGCCGCAAGGUGGCGAGAGUUCCCUGA